AUGAGACUUCUCGUAUCAGAUCAAGAUUCUGGCAGUAUCAAGGAAAUUGUUUUCCCUUUUGAUACUAAUACUUCAGACAAGACGGCUCCUCAGCCUACAAGUUCUCUUGUUUACGACAAACGGGGAUUUACCAAACACAUUCAAGCCUUGAUUCGUGUUGGUAAGAACAAGCAAUGGAUUAUUUCUGCGAGAAAAGAUGGUUCUGUAGGACUUUACAAAGUUUCGGAGCCUGCGAAACGUAGUCCUGAGGAACAGGCUAAGGAAGAAGAGGCCAAAAAGGAGGAUACCAAGAAGAACGACAAGAACAAGCCUGCAUUUGCAACUAAGAUUGGUGAGGAUGGUAGGUUCCCGUUGAUUUACGAAUGGCCGGCACACACAGCAACUAAUCCUUUACCCGAGGAUGCGCCCAAGCACGCCCGCGGAGACAGCAUUGUGGGGCUUGCAGAAGAAUACCCUGGUGGAAUUGUCAUGACCCUUUCAAAGGAGGGCAAGCUUGUUGCAUACGACUUACUUGCGGCUUCAAUGUCUCAAAAACAGGAUUCAGCAAAUGAUGAGGAGAAGAAUAAAGAAUCUACUUUUUCGUCCAAGACGGUGUUGGCAACACAGAAUUUGCCUGGGAAGGAGUAUACAUGCCUUGCAGUUCACCCAUCACGACCCGGUAUCAUUGCUGUUGCCGGAAAUGAGGUGGAAGUGAAAGUUUACGGUGCUGAUUGGGAAAAUGAGGAUAAAGAGAAAGAGGUACUGACACCACUGUGGCAGCCCCGGAAUGUGAAACGGGACGAGCUUGGAUUGAAGAUCCCUAUUUGGGUGGAGUCCGUUUUUUUCCUUGAGGAGCCGAGCAACACAUCUCCAAUUGGGACAUCGUGGGGAUACCUUGAUGAAGAUGAUGAAGAAGAAAAGAAAAAGAAGUUUACAUUUACCACAAAGCUUGCGACAGUGACGCACCACGGUGAAGUGCGGAUAUACCACCCUGAGAAGAGUCCCCGACCAGUUACCAGAUUGCGUUUGACGCAGCGUGAUGGAGAUUUCUUGAGCAUAGCUGGGGUCGGCAAGCUGCAUUAUAACAAGGAGGAUACUGUAGAGAAAGGAAAUGAAGACGAUGAUAACGAGGAUAUUUACUCUGCCACACCCUUGUCUUUACUAGUGACAGAUCGCAAGACAUCUACAUAUGUGGUCAAUAUUGAAGACAAUACAAGACUUAAGAUGGUGGGCAAGCUUCAUGGUGCGACAGGAUCUAUUGGAGCGCUAGCACAGUACACCCAACCUGCGGCCACAGAUGGUGAAGGAGUUGAGAGCUACGAGAAUGGGGCACAGCAAUAUGUUGUGACGGGAAGCUUGGACAGGUUUGUACGGGUUUAUGAUCCAGACACGCGUCGCCAGGCAGCUAAGGUGUAUGUGGGGACACGGCCCACGGGGGUGAUAGUUUUGGAUGGCUUUGAAAAGGAUGGCGGGUAUGAUGGCGAGACCGAAGAGAGGGUGAAGCGACAGCGGGAGGAAGCCGAGGACGAGGCAUUGUGGAGCAAGCUUGACAAGGCUGAGGAUGAGGAGCCGAGCAAGCCAGUCAAGAAGUCACGAACUGAGUAG